UAUUUUGUAUCCCCGCGGCUCGAGACGGCCAAGUAACUGUUGUUGCGAGCGGUGACCAGUUGCUAAUAUAGUAUAACCUGUACAGGUCAUGUGGAGAGGACAAACGAUCGUGACUAUGAAAUCGAAGAACGGUAAUGGCUUCGAGAGAUCUGGCACAAGCUAAGCCAGUCACUGAUGGGAUCCAUAGGCGAUACCGGACCAUGGAGGCCGCCGCCAACCGUCUACAAAAAGAAGCUAAAGGCUAUCUAGACUCAUUACGAGCAAUGACUGCCUCGCAGAUGCGUAUUGCGGAGACAAUCGAUGCUUUCUACGGUGAUGCCGGAACGCGCGAUGGCGUGAGCAGGAGCUAUAAACAGGCAGUGGAAGAUCUUGAUGCGGAGACGAUAAAAGCCUUGGAUGGGCCAUACAGAACUACCGUUCUUGAACCGAUUUCGCGCUUUUGCGCUUACUUUCCCGACAUCAAUGAGUGCAUCAAGAAACGCAAUCACAAGUUACUGGACUACGAUUCUAUGCGAGCCAAGGUGAAGAAGUUGGUCGAGAAGCCAGACAAGGACGCUACCAAACUUCCCAGAGCGGAGCGCGAAACUGAAAUUGCUAAGCAAGCAUACGAACAGUUGAAUGAACAACUUUUUACCGAACUCCCGCAACUUAUUGACCUGCGUGUGCCAUAUCUGGAUCCGAGCUUUGAGGCUUUGGUCAAGAUUCAACUGCGUUUCUGCGCGGAGGCAUACUCUCGAAUGGCACAAGUGCAACAAUACCUUGACGCGGAAACAAGAGAUCAGUAUGCUCGGGGCGAUUUGGAUAACAGGGUAGAAGAAGUAUUGCAGGAGAUUCGUGAUUUGAGCAUAGCGGGAACGGUUUGAUCUUUGAAUUAUUAGUAUCAUUGUUGGCCAGUUUGCCAUUUGCUCUGCAGAACUGAUGCUAUCGAGGUUUGCUUUGGGGUCUACUAUCUUGCUUCUCCAAGGGUCUCUAGGCCUGGGAGCCAUCACAUCUAAUAACAAAUUCUACUUGUCCAGUAGAAUAAGAGAGGGAGAGUGUGUAUAGUAGCCAAAAGCAGAUACGCCCAAG